CCAAGGGCGUUUUGGUGAGAACUCGUACCGCGUGAAACUGGGCCCGGGUUCACAAACAAUUGCUAUCUGAAGCAACGUUGAGCUGUCUUUCUCGGUGUACAUCGUCAAAUAGGAAAGCCGUCGUAGCUCUACACAAGAGGGUCAUUUGCAAUCAUCGGAAGUAGUUCCCAAGUUGUCAUUGUUAGGGAAGCAGAUUACAGUAGGAUAAGGGCAUCAUGUUACAGUACGAUAACUCAGCAUUUUACUUUUUUGCCCUGAGUUUCAUCACCAUUUAUUUGGUGCCAUGUAAGUGGUUCCAGUCCUUCCACAUCUUCGCGCUGGGCCGCGGCUCACUGCUUCGGGCUCGAGGAGUUGAAGGAACAAAUUCAUCACGAGAAGGAAUAAUGCUUUCAUGCUGUGUUCUCGAGACUCACUUUCUUCGUGCCAUUUUUGAAUCUUUGGUGUUCCUCUAUCAAACUUUUGUUUUGUUACGUUUCUAGCAUGGAUAUACAUCGCGAAAAGUUUCAAAAAAGUCCUCUUUGCCGAUGAUGCGUCUAUCGGUGCUGUGUCGCGAACCAGUGCGGAAAAGGCCAAGGCUGACGCCCUAAAAAAGGAUUCUGGAAUCUCCAAACUUUUCAAGUCUCGAAAAUUUCUCUACAACUUCGUGAUAACGAUUGCCUGUACCAUCUUGUUCUUUUGGUUGUUGUUUAGUGUGAAAGAAGAUGGAAUCGUCAACUCUUUCGAUCCCUUUAACAUUUUGGAGAUUGAUUCUGGUGCGGAUACCAAAACCAUCAAGAAAGCUUACCGAACCUUGUCACUGAAGUACCACCCCGAUAAGAACCCAGGCAAUCGAGAAGCUGAAGCCAAGUUUAUGAUGGUAUCAAAAGCAUACGAAUCGCUCACGAACGAGGAAUCCCGAGAAAACUGGGAGAAAUACGGAAACCCCGACGGAAAGCAAUCACUCGAAGUCAGUAUUGGACUUCCAAACUUUUUGCUUCAGACUCAAUACCGCAACUUGGUCUUGGUUGUGUACUUGAUUUUUAUGGUUGGAAUCAUUCCCUUCUGUGUCUGGACCUAUUAUUCGGACUCGUCUAAAUUCGGUGAAAAGGACAUUAUGUACGAUACAUACUCGUGGUUCCACAAUACAUUGAACGAACACACCCUCGUGAAGUGGCUGCCCGAAGUCAUGGCAGCAUCUGCCGAAUUCCGUAAUCACAACGUCCCGAAAACCGCGGAAGAUAAGAAGGACGUCAGCCAGGUCAUGGGAUUGGUCAAAACCAAUAUGCAAAAACCAAAACAUUCCCUUCCUGCUAUUGUCAAAAGUAAUGUUUUGUUGCAUGCCCAUUUAAUGCGGAAAUCUGACCAGAUUGAAUCUGAGCAAUUGCAAGACGACCUCAAUCGCAUGUUGCGACUGUCAACGUCCCUGAACGACGCCAUGAUUGCUGUCUGCAAGCACCAAGAUCACAUGCAAACAGCCAUGAACUGUAUCGAAUUUGGACAAUAUUUGACUCAAGCCAUGUGGGUGAAGGAUUCUUCUUUACUGCAACUGCCCCAUUUUACGGAAGAGGAGGUCAAACAUGCCGAAAAGGGUAAGGGAAAGGCCGCCAACAUUGUCGAAUACAGAGACCAGCCCGAUGACCAAAAGAAGGGCAUGGCUACCUUUACGGAAGAACAAAAGUCGGAUGUCUUGAAUUACCUGAAAAUGAUCCCCGACAUUGACGUUCAAACUAAGGUUUAUGUCGACGACGAUGAAGACAGCAAUGUUUACGAGGGAGAUCUUUGUACGGUCAAUGUCAUGCUCACUCGAAAGAAUCUUGAAAAGGGUGAAAAGGCAGGACUUAUCCAUGCACCGUACUUUCCAUUUCCUAAACAGGAAGCUUGGUGGAUCAUUCUUGGAACCAAGGAAGGAAAGAUUAUCCAUAUUGAAAAGGUUGUUGAUCCUUCGAGAGUCGUCGAACACGAAAUUAAAUUCCUCGCACCUCGUGUAGGCGAGUACGAAUUUGAUCUUUUUGUCAAGUCGAACGCCUAUGUGGGUCUCGAUCAACAUCAAAAGAUUAAGUUGACGACUCUUGAUAACUCGGUGUUGCCCGAAUUUAAGGUUCAUCCCGACGACGCCGAACUUGAUGAUGAACCUACCCUGUUUGAAGAAAUGCUCAAUGCCAACGUCGAGGACGACAGUGAUGAUGAUUCCGACGACUCGGAUGACGAUUCGGACGAUGAUGACGAGCCUGACGAGGCGAUUGCGCCUAAGUCAGAGGCCGACAUGAAGAAGGAUAGAUUGAAGAAUGCUCGCAACCAAGACGAUGAUUCCGAUUCGGACGACGACGCAGAAGAAGUCUAUGCUGAUUAAGCAAUGAAAGGUACGAAAGUUCCGACAGAUGGCAAUCGCCAGGGUUUAGUUUUACGUACCGAAGGCACAAACUAUAACUUUCCUACACGUAUGAAAAAGUCACUGUUUUGUGCGAAUUUGAGGACAAAUUGUAUGAUUUUUUGCUGAAGCAUCAACUAUGCAUCUUCCCUGCGUAGUUAUUUACGUGUAAACACCAUUAUCACCAAUAAUUUUAUAUCAGAAUAGCAACCUAUUCCAUCUAUGCGAACAAAGAGAGUGUCUGAUU